AUGGAAUCCAAGGUGGCUCAAGACAUCAAGGAAGCCAUUUGCUACCUAGAUAGCCAGAAUACCAAGCGCUACGUCCCCCUCGACAACGUCACUUGGCCUUGGCUCACAUCCAGGCAUAUCAUUUCGGGGAGUUCCUUGCCUCGUGGACAUCCAGUGCGCCAGACCCUGGCAGCAGCUUGUGUUGCAGGGUAUCUUGGAGGCAAAACCCACAAAUUUGCCCAGGAAGCUGAGGAUUACCCAAACUUUGGAGCUGAUCUUCUCCGGGAGGUACGAGUAGCCUUGAAUGCUGCCCACAAGCUCAACGAGACGGUCGCUUUCACAGAUCCUUUUGACGAUAAAAUCAUUUACCUACCCCAGAAGUCGAGCUGGACUUGGGCUGCAAAGAAGUAA